CCCUAACCCCCAAGCCCAAAGUCUUCUUCCCCUCUUCUCCCCCCUCUUACCACCACAGCGUCCUCCUCCGUGGCGAACGGGGCAACGACCACCAGCAGUCAGUCUUUGUCGAAGAGAUAAAGAUACAGUGGGUUGUGGAAGGGUGGAGGAAGAUGGCUGCACAGAAGUCGCAGCAGCAACAACUACCUGGUGAUGGUUUCACCUCACAGUUCGGGGGCUUGUCUAAAGCUCAGAUAUAUGACAUCAUGAGUCAAAUGAAAGCUCUGAUGGAGCAGAAUGAGCAACAGGCAAGGCAAAUCCUUGUUGACAAUCCUCUUCUGACUCGAGCUCUGUUCCAGGCACAAAUAAUGCUUGGAAUGGUGCAGCCUCCUAAAGUGAUACCCAAUAUCCAGCAGGCUUUGUCCCAGCCACAACCAGCAGAGUUUAAACAGCCACCUAAUAUUCAAAGCUCUCAAACACUGCCAGUUGAAGUUGGAGCACAAGGUGAAUCUAGUUCAUCUCAAACCGUGCUACCAGCUAGACCACAACAUCCAUCACAACCGUCCAUUUCCAUUUCACCUGCAUCUGUUGCUUCAUUGACCUCCCAGUCGCAGGCAAUGGCAACGGCACUUUCAGCACCACAAAUUAAGAAUUUUCCAAUUGUGCAAGUUCCUUCAGUGCAACCUCCACAAUCUUCCCAGAACCAGAAUAUAUCUCUGCCCGCUCCUGCUCAUCCACACUACUCAACUCUGUCAUCCCAUCUGCCUGUGGUGUCUGUGCAACCACAGCAAACUUUGCAGAAUCCUGGAGUAUUCAGUCAGGUCCUACAGCCACCAUUACCACUGCCACCUAGACCAGUUGCAAGACAACCUUUUACGCAUCAGCUUCCCCCACAGAUAACUCACUCCGCUGGUUUUCAACCAUCAAGUGCACCUCAACAUCUUUUAACACAACCCUUGUUUCAGUCAGGUGUCACCCCUCCAAGUUCCUUUGUACAAGGACAGCCACCACUUCCAAGCCAGCCACCACCUCAGCAUCUUUAUCAGCAGGUCAGUUCACAUAUAGGUCCAGAGUAUGGCAACCAAACUGGCACGGGUACCGCCUUGCCAGCUGACAGAGGAGCUCCUUGGGCACCUGGCCCACCGGAAAUGACAAAAGCGGGGACCCAACUUCCAGGACCACCAUUGAUGGCUACAGGAACAAGUGGUCAGCCACCUCGCUCUUCGGUGACACCAGAAAUGGAGAAGGCAUUGCUUCAGCAAGUUAUGAGCCUUACACCAGAACAGAUCAAUCUUCUAUCUCCAGAGCAGAGGAAUCAGGUGCUUCAACUACAGGAAAUGCUACGACAGUGAUGAUUUGGGCCUUUUGUUUCUCCAUGCACGUUGAUCAUGUCAAAAAUGACCUUGUGACUUGCUGCUUUGAUGGGUUCUUUUGGCUGUAGGCGAUUUAUAUAGCUCUGCUAUAGUGGUCAUUCACCAAAGAUUGACCAUCUAAUGUUGAAAUUUAACCUGAAAUGGCACUUGAUAUUAUGAUGAUGGUGCUGUCGGGUCACCACUCGACCACCAAGGCAGAUUCACUGUAGUACACUGUCAUCAGCUGUUAUCAACAUUUGAUUUCAUGGAUUGCUUUGCUCCUUCAUUCAA